AUGCCGGAUCGGUACUGGGUCAUCUUUAGUACGUCGCUGGCGUUCGUUCUCUGCAACAUGGAUAAGGUGAACCUGAGCAUCGCGAUUAUCCCGAUGGCGCACGAGUUCGGGUGGUCCGCCACGACGGUGGGCGUCGUGCAGUCGUCCUUCUACUGGGGCUACGCGCUCUCGCUGCUGCCCGCCGGCUGGCUCUGCCAAAAGUUCACCGGCACGCGCAUGCUACGGGCGGGCGUGCUCAUCUGGUCCAUCGCCACUGCCGCCAUCCCUUCUGCUGCCGCAUUCCUCCCCUCCCUCCUCUUCUCACGUGUUGCCGUUGGAUUUGGGGAGGGCGUUGCUCCCCCAGCAGCUACUGACAUCGUCGCCAGGUCCAUGCCAGCAGAGGAGCGCGCGCGCGGCAUUGCGUUUGUGUUCAACGGGUUCAACGUGGGAGGCGUGGUGGGCCUGCUAGCAGCGCCAGUACUCAUAGAGCAUUUAGGGUGGGAGUCCAUGUUCUACAUCUUCGGGUUCCUUGGAAUCCUCUGGAGCGUUGCUUUCAACCCCAAGCCGUCAGAGGUCACGUCAGCCGACUUUGAUGAGUCAGCAGCCGCCAGCACCAAUCAGGCGCUCUCCGUCUGCGUCUUUGAGGAGUGCCACGCGCCGGGAGACAUAGUGAGUGAGGAUUUGAGGGAGAGCGAGGAGGAGAGGAGGCUGGUUGAGGAAGGGGGAGGCGCGGAUCCAGUAGUGCCGUGGGGCGAGCUGCUGCGGAGCAGGGCGGUGCAGGCCGUGGUGUAUGCCCACUUCUGCAACAACUGGGGGCACCACAUCCUCCUCGCCUGGCUGCCCACCUACUACAGCAAGGAGCUUCAUUUGGACAUCACUCAAGCAUCACUGCUGUCGCUCCUCCCGCCGCUUCUCUCCAUCGCCGUGUCAGCGGUGGUGGCGCCGGCAGCAGACCGGCUGAUUGCAGAGGGCACAGAUGUUAGUCUGGUGCGGAAGCUAGCUCAGGGGAUGGCCUUCCUAGGUCCGGCAGCCUGCAUGGCAGUGGCUAGCUUCGGCCCGGACCACAAUCUCCCAACCUGGCUGCUUGUGGCGGCCCUCUCUGGUGGCAUUGGCCUCUCUGCCUGCUCCUAUGCUGGCCUCUACUGCUCACACCAGGACAUCUCUCCCAAACACGCCAGUGUGCUGCUGGGAAUGUCAACCACGGUGGGGGCAGUUCCGGGCAUUGUGGGCGUGCCACUGACCGGCUAUUUGUUUGACCAGACGCAUUCCUGGGCGACGGCCAUGUUCCUCCCCUCUAUCGCCUUCUACAUCUCGGGCACCAUCAUGUGGUCUCUCUUUGCCGACUGCUCUCGAGCCAGCUUCGGAGAGGACAAGGCAAAGCUCAAGGAGGCCUAG